AUGCCGCACUCUACAGAAAUCUCCCAGUACUCGUAUGUGCCCGAGACAAAGGAGGAUCUUGAUUGGGCCGAUCCAGUUCCCAACAUUGAUCUCUCCAAAUAUGGUACUCCCGAAGGCACGGCGGAGCUGGCUGAGCAGCUCAUCGAGGCAAUCCGCACCAAAGGUUUCUUCUAUGUGACCAACUUUGGCAUUCCUCAAGAGAAGGUCGACAGGCAGUUUGCCCUCGGCAACGCAUUCUACAACCUGCCUCUUGAGGAGAAGAAGAAGUAUCAGCCUGACCUCGACUCUGGUGAUUACAAUGGCUACAGGCCUGGCGGCCGACGCCUGCUGAGCGGUGGUAUCUAUGACAAGACGGAGGUGUGGAAUAUGGCCACUAAGGAUGGCCACAUUACCCAGCCAAUUCCUCAACUAUUGAAGGACAACCUGGAGGAGAUCGAAGCUUUCGCAAAGGAACUCCAUGACAAGGUCCUGGACCCUCUCAACACCUUGAUCGCACUGGCCCUUGAGCUUCCACCUGAUUUCUUCACCAAAGUCCACCGGUGGGAUGUGCACGACGAGUCUCACCUGCGGUACAUGAAGUACAGCAAGUUCUCCGAGGACGAGAUCUCCAAGCUCUCGGAUGGCCUUUGGUCGCCGGGCCACACGGACCUGGGAACCAUCACUCUGCUGUUCCGACAGCCCGUGGCAGCCCUUCAGAUCAAGGACCACAAGACGGGCCAGUGGAAGUGGGCCAAGCCUCUCGACGGUAGCCUUACCGUGAACACGUGUGACGCACUGAGCUUCCUCACGGGCGGCUAUAUCAAAUCGACCAUCCACCGCGUGUCACUUCCCCCCAAGGACCAGCGCCACGUGGACCGUCUGGGCCUGCUCUACUUUGCCAGGCCCCAGAAUGACCUGGUGCUCAGCACAAUUGACUCACCGCGGUUGAAGAGGGAAGGUUUCACACAGAACGAGUUUGAGAAGGGCGGGCACAGAGUGCCCACCAUGGGAGAAUUCACGAAUCUCAAACAAAAAUGGCAGCAGGGCAAGGUUAAGAGCUAUGCUGAAACUGACGGACAAGAGAUUCUUCCUGGCUUUACAGGACGCCGUUACAACUAA